GUUGGACGUCGCGACCCGAGCGAGGGCCAGGUCAGCGCCGGUCCCACGAGGCGAAGCCAAGUGACCUGCGUUCGGCCAUGGCCUCGCUGCUGGGCGCCUACCCGUGGACCGAGGGACUGGAGUGUCCCGCCCUGGAAACCGAGCUGUCGGAUGGGCUGUCGCCGCCCGCCGUCCCCCGACCUUCAGGGGACAAGGGUUCGGAGAGCAGGAUCCGGCGGCCCAUGAAUGCCUUCAUGGUGUGGGCCAAGGAUGAGAGGAAACGUCUGGCAGUGCAGAACCCGGACCUGCACAACGCGGAGCUCAGCAAGAUGCUGGGAAAGUCAUGGAAGGCGCUGACACUGUCCCAGAAGAGACCCUAUGUGGAUGAGGCAGAGCGGCUGCGCCUGCAGCAUAUGCAGGAUUACCCCAACUACAAGUACCGGCCCCGCAGAAAGAAACAAGGCAAGCGCCUCUGCAAGCGCGUGGACCCUGGCUUCCUCCUGAGCUCCCUCUCUCGUGACCAGAACACGCUGCCUGAGAAAAAUGGCAUUGGCAGGGGGGAGAAGGAGGACAGGGGUGAGUACUCCCCAGGGGCCACCUUGCCUGGACUGCACAGCUGCUACCGUGAAGGUGCAGCUGCUGCCCCUGGCAGUGUGGACACGUAUCCCUACGGGCUGCCCACACCUCCGGAGAUGUCGCCCCUGGAUGCGCUGGAGCCGGAGCAGACCUUCUUCUCGUCCUCAUGUCAGGAGGAGCAUGGCCACCCCCAUCACCUCCCCCAUCUACCAGGGCCCCCUUACUCACCGGAGUUCACACCUAGUCCCAUCCACUGCAGCCACCCUCUAGGUUCUUUAUCCCUUGGCCAAUCCCCAGGGGUUUCUAUGAUGUCCUCUGUUUCUGGAUGUCCCCCAUCUCCAGCCUAUUACUCCCAUGCCACCUACCACCCUCUCCACCCCAACCUCCAGGCCCACCUGGGCCAGCUGUCCCCACCUCCCGAGCACCCUGGCUUUGACACCUUGGAUCAGCUAAGCCAGGUGGAACUUCUGGGAGACAUGGAUCGCAAUGAAUUUGAUCAGUAUUUGAACACUCCUGGCCACCCUGACUCUGCUGCAGGGGUUGGAACCCUCACUGGGCAUGUCCCACUCUCCCAGGGGACUCCCACAGGCCCUACAGAGACCAGUCUCAUCUCAGUCCUGGCUGAUGCCACGGCCACGUAUUACAACAGCUACAGUGUGUCAUAGAGCUGGAGGAAUGGAGCCUGGCCCAGCCCUGCCAUCCCCUCCUCCCUAUGAAGCACUGAGCUGAGCAGAAACUGUGGCGAUGCCACUCCUUGGUGGCAGGAGGUCAAAACUGCUGUUCCAGAGCCUUCCGGUCAAAAGCCAGGAUCCAGCGCUCCUUCUGUCCCUUUAAAUGUGUUUUGUUGGCUUCACCCAGGAAGCACAGCCUUGGGAGCUGUGUGCAGUAGGAUUUCCUAGCCGCUCUACACCAUCAGUGUAGCUGAUGGGGAGAAGCCCAGUGCAUUGGAGUUCCUGCUUUUGGUGUAGCUACUUCUGAUCUGUGGUGCUCCCAGUGAGAUGGACCCUGGGCCUGGGGUCCAUCUGAGUUCAGUCUCUAACUGGCAAAACCCCACUCUGGCUUGACCAGCCCUGACUAUUCUCUCCUAUACAGUGAGGGUUGGCUUCAUAGCCAAGCCCUCGCUCUAUGGAUCUCCAAAUUACAGCCCUCUCAAGGCCAAGGAAAGUGUGAAUGACUGACUGCCCAAGGACCCAGGUAUUCUGCUUUCCUAUAACACUGUCCACAGCCACCCUAGAAUUCCAAAGAAACUCCUUCAGUCGAGAAAAAUAUUCACCUUUGGUCUGGCAAGAUGGUGUGGGAUGUCUCAGUGGGUAAAAGUGCCUGCUGCCAAGUCUGAUGACCUAAGUUCUAUCUCCGGAGCCUACAUGGUGGAAGAAGAGAACUGAUUUCCUGCAAGUUGUAUUCUGACUUCCAAAUGCACGUGUGCCCCUGCAUUAUAUGUGUGCUUGAGCAUGCUCACAUGCACACACACACACACAAUGUAAUUUUUUUAAAGGAAAAGAUCUACCCUGGUUCAGAAAAUUAAUGAGUAUGUUCAACUGCAUCACUGAAAGCAAAAUCAGAUUAGAACUUGUUUUUGUUUUGUUUUGUUUUGUUCUGAGACAGGGUUUCUCUGUGUAGCCCUGGCUGCCCUGGAACUCACUGUGUAGACCAGGCUGGCCUCAACCUCAAAAGUAAGCCUGCCUCUGCCUCCUGAGUGCUGGGAUUAAAGGUGAGUGGCACCACACCCAGCCUGGAUUUUUUUUUUUAAUAUAUACUUUAGAUACAUUAUUUUGUUACAUACAUCUCAGGGGACUACAGUGUGAGAAAUGACCUUAUGCAGGCUUGCCUGUCCGCAACCCUGUGUCCCAAGGUGUGUGCCCUGAUUUAGCUUCUUCUCAACUGUAACAAUGUCUCAUCCCCUCCUCGCAGAAUGAACCAAAGAGCUAAGAACCUAAAACGUCUGUCCACGAAGCAGCAGUGUUGGGAUGUGUUGAUUUCUAGAGCAGAGCUGUAGCAUACUCCUAUCUACAGAUGCAAAAGAUGACUCUCUGCCCCUUGCUCCCAGGAGGGCUUUUCUCUCUUCUCUGUUACUCUCCCUCCAAACUGGCCCCUAAUUCCAAGGGCCCCUCGCGUGGAAUCCCAGGCACGAUUCCCCUGGCCAUGAAGGGAACUUGAUUCUUGUUUCUCAAGUAGAUACAUCAGAACAAUCACCUAUCCCACGGUCCUUUGGCUGUCCCAAACAAACACCCUGUGACACCCAAAGAUGUUUCUGAGCUUUGGUCGCACCCCAGACAUUUCCAUCCCCUAAACCUCCGUUGAAGGAACAUACGGAACACUAAGCUGACAGACUCUUGUCUGCCCUUGGACACGUGUGUAUUGUUGCCUUUAUAAAAUGUGUUUUUAUAUUCUGCCAUUAUGUCCACCUUAUAUUUUGUAUUGUUGACAGAUCCCCAAGAAGUCUUAUUAUAAUAUCACUUAUAAGAUAUACUUAAUCUUUAUGCUAUUACUGUAUAUACCAUUUGGUAAUAAAUAGUGAAUUGUUGACGAUGUAAUUGACUGGUGCCCAGUCCCGGAUGGAUAUUAAUAAUCUCGUGAAACACUAUCACAGGCAUUAAGCUACUCUGUUCCAUUUUUUUCAAGAAAACUGAAUAUGCAUGGAACAGCUAUGAAAUUGAUUUGUCAAAAUGUUUAAUUUAAAUAAAUUUUUUUUGUACCUUC